AUGCAGCCCCCUCUUGUCAUGAGAAUACUUGCUGCCUCUGUAUCUUUAGCCGAUAAGGCCUGUUGUUUGAUUCGUGCGGUAUAUGAUUCCAAAGACUUGGCCAUUAUCGACAAAGGAGUUGACGAUUUGCAAUCCAGAGCUGAUCGAGAUUCUCAGCGGUGCAUAGUACAAUCCUUGAACGAGACCUUCCCGGGUCUUCAUGUUAUUGGCGAAGAAGGUGAUUUGGAUCCUGGAAAUCUACCUAGGUCUACUGAAUUAAACUCAACUGUUCUUAAAUAUCAAUGUCCUCCAGAACUAAAAGAUUUGUCACUGGAGGAUAUUGUAGUUUGGGUGGAUCCACUAGAUGGUACAAAGGAAUUUACUGAAGGCCUUGUUGAGUUUGUUACAGUUCUUAUCGGAAUUUCGAUUGAUGGAAAGCCUGUGGGUGGUGUUAUCGCUCAACCCUUUUACCAAGCCAAUACAACUGAGCCUCAUUACACGACUCGAAUCGUUUGGGGACUUGUAGGUCUGGGUGUGUUUGGCAUAAAUCCUGUGCUACCUUCUUCAAAAUUGCCAUAUCCAAUCAACCAAAAUGCCCCAAAACUGACUUCACCUCAUAUUAUUGUUGUUACUCGAUCCCAUCGCUCUACUACUCAGGAUUUUGUCGACGGAGCAUUCUAUCCCACUGAAGUUCUUCGUGCAGGAGGGUGUGGUUAUAAAGUUUUAGUGCUUCUGGAAGGACGUGCUCAUGUUUAUGUAUUCCCUAGCCAAGGUACUAAAAAGUGGGAUACAUGUGCUCCAGAAGCUGUGCUUCUGGCGUCUGGCGGGAUACUAACAGAUUUAACUGGACAGUCUUACAAAUACGAUCUGGAUGCUAAACAUGAUAAUCUUCGAGGCAUACUUGCUACUCCUGUCGCCGAUUGGUUGCCAUCGUAUGUUUCUUGUUUGCCAAAAGAAGUGCUUGAUGAUUUCUCAGCUCGUGAUUAG